UAUAUGCGUAAGCGAUAAACUUGCAAGAUUACCAUAUAUAAAUCUAACUAUCGACUUUUAAUUAACACUCUUUUCUUCACUCAAGUGUGAUAAUGUAAUCAAUGUACACGUUUUCUUAUCAUUUCUUGUUUUGCAACAAAUUUACUAUAAAAGCGGAACGCUUUCUUUUGCAUAAGCAUACGUUUCUAAUUAAUAGUUAACACACUACGCAAACAAAAUGAAAGUUUUAGCAUUCUUCAUUCUCGCUUUGGCUUUGGCCGCGCCAGCCUUUGGCAUAACUUUCGACCGUUGCUCGUUGGCUCAUGAGCUGUAUAGCUUGGACGUACCAAUGGAUCAAUUGGCACGCUGGACUUGUAUUGCUGAACGCGAGAGCUCUUAUCGCACCGGUGUUGUGGGCCCAACCAACUCUAACGGUUCCAACGAUUAUGGUAUCUUCCAGAUCAAUAACUACUAUUGGUGCCAGCCUGCCAACGGUCGCUUCUCCUACAACGAAUGCAAUUUGAGCUGCGAUGAUUUGUUGACCGAUGACAUUAGCGACUCAGUACGUUGCGCACGCCAGAUACAAAGACAACAGGGUUGGACUGCUUGGGCCACCUGGAAGUAUUGCAACGGUACCUUGCCCAGCAUUGACUCAUGCUUUUAAGCUUUAAUAUACUAAUAUUUGCUUCAUAUUGAAUAAAAUUAAAUAGAUAAAAUAAA